AUGCCUGUUGCUCGCGUCCUCCUACUUCUUCUGCCGUUGCUGGCGGUGGCCGCAGCCCAGCAGAGUCGCGACGCCGCCAUCCGGCUGUCGCCUGGCGCCCCCAGCUGCGAAAACUUCGUCUGCACAGAGACCGACUUGCUGUGCCAGAUGUACGCCGGCGAGCCGCACUGCGUGCACAUCACCACGUGCGCCGACACGUCGUGCCGCGAGGACCAGCGCUGCGUCAUCGAGCGCAACCUGGGGCGCUUGGACCAGGCUUGCACUGAGAGCGGCGGUGCGGCGCGCUGCGUCAAGCCCAAGCCGACCUGCGCCACGCUGAGGUGCGGCCGGGGUCAGAAGUGUUCCGAGAGCGGCGGCCAGGCACGCUGCUACACGCCGAUCCCGCCCAAGCCGACCUGCGCCACACUGCGCUGCAGCAGCGGCCAGAAGUGCUCCAUGUCGGGCGGCGUGGCGCGCUGUGUCUCCGCCCCGCCGGCGACGUGUUCGGAGGUGCGGUGCAACGCUGGCCAGACAUGCGCGGUCUCGGGUGGCCGUGCGCGCUGCAAGGACACCCCCGGCGAAGUCUGCGGGCUCGUGCGCUGCCAGCGUGGCCAGGCCUGCUCGAGGGCUGGCGCCGCGCCCCGCUGCGUGGCCUCCUGCAAGAGCAUCGGCUGCCCGGAAAACUCGUGCACCGUGGAGGGCAACGUAGCUACGUGCGGGAACUGCAACCUGGAGUGCCCGCCGGGUCGCGUCUGCCACAUGAUCGGCCCAUACGACCCCCGAAGCCUCCUCCUCACCGGCGCGCAGCCCCGCUGCGUCCGGCUCGGCACCGGCGCAGAGCUGGGGCUCAUCAUGUACUGA